CAGAUCCAGCUCUGGCACUUCAUCCUGGAGCUGCUACAAAAGGAGGAGUACCAGGGGGUCAUCGCCUGGCAGGGCGACUACGGCGAGUUCGUCAUCAAGGACCCCGACGAGGUGGCGCGCCUGUGGGGCAUCCGCAAGUGCAAGCCCCACAUGAACUACGACAAGCUGAGCCGGGCCCUGCGGUAUUACUACAACAAGCGCAUCCUCCACAAGACCAAAGGCAAGAGGUUCACCUACAAGUUCAACUUCAGCAAAGUCGUGCUGGUCAACUACCCCCUGCUGGACAUGGCGGCGGCGCCUCUGCUGCUCGCCCCGGGGCCCUUUGGAGGGGCGGCGGGGCCCGACGGCCCUCCCCUCACCCCCGAGACGUUACAGACCCUGUUCUCCACGCCCCGCCUGGAGCCGGGGAGCAGAACCCCGCUGUUCGCUCAGCACCUCUCCGCCCCGGACGCGGACAAGCUGCGGCUGGACGGCCCGUUUCCCUUCCUGGGCUCUGGUACUGCCGGCUACUCGAAACCCCCGGCCCUCCUGAGCCCCUACGGCCGCACCUUCCCUGAAUAUCCCUGGAACUUUAACCCCUACCUGGCGAGCCCCUUCCCCAAGCUGCCCGCCUCCCUGUACCCCCCGCAUUUCUACCCCAACCCCCUGGCGGGAUCCUUGGGCCAGCUGCCCACGGGGCCUGGGGGAGGGGGCCCCGCCACAACGCCCCUCCUGGCCGGCCCCGCUGGUGACGGAACGGGGUCCCAGCGCACAAGCCUGGCCCCGGGCGCCCGUCUGACCCUGCCCGGGCCGGGGGUUCCCGAGGUCCCCUCUCUGGGGCCCAAGGAGGAAAGCGACUCCGAGCUGGAGGUGACCGACGUCAGCGGCUGCAGCUCGGACAGCGAGGGCGACGACGGCGUUCCAGGGCCCCCCGAGAGUCAGGGAGGCCGAGGCGGGGCCGGGAGCUGAGGGGCCAGGGGAUUGGCGGCAUUGGGAACCCUGCCUCCCCCAACAAAAGGGGACGCGGUACCCCCAGGGUCUCCCUCAAAGCUCACUCCCCCUCCCGGGGCCAAGGAACGGCCCGUCCUUCCCGAGCCCCGGGGAGCUGCCUCCUCACUGCCCUUCCCCCCCAGCGGAGAGGGGCGGGGUUCUCCCCGGGCUAGACCAGACGGGGCCAUUCCUCCUCGGUCUCCGGGGGGGAAGGAAGGGGCCGCAGAUUUAGGACCUGUCCCUCCCCCCAUCAGUUCCUCAUCUGCAAAACGGGGCCCCCAGGUCCUUUCCAGCGCUGAACCCCUCCCGCCUCUCCUGGGGUCAGGGUCUCCUUCCCCACCCAGGCCUAAAUCGGAGAACACGGUCUCUUCCCUCCCUCCCCUCCCCCUCCCCCCAAGGGAGAGGGCCAGUAGUCUCCCCUCACAAAAAGGGACCAGCAGGGAACUCGCAGCCUCCUCCUGAGCCCCCGCCCCUCCCCUCCGAAGGGAGGGGCAAAUCUGGCUCCCGGGAAGGGCCUCGGUUUCUCCAGGUGUACAGCGGUGGGGGUGGGGGAGGACGGAUCUCUUCUCCAAGGCCCCUUCUGGUUCUCCGGUCCACAAACUCCCCUCUGACAGUCUUGCUCCCCCUCCAGGCCCCAGGAGUUCCCAGCUGUGCCCCCCUUCCAAAGUGCAAUAUAGUGUGCCCGCCCCCCGCCCAUCCCCCGUGUUUGUGAGCCCUCUCCCCAACCUAGUGCGUGACGUGCUUGUGUUCUGAAGGAGAAGCUUCCUUCCCGUCCACCCCGCCCCCGGCCCCGGGGCCAGGGGGCUCAGAGCAAUAAAUCCGCCCCCCCUCACCCCCCACCACGGGAAGAGUUUAUUACAAAAAUAAAAAGGGAGAAAAACCUA